GAACCGGACUGUUUAGUUCCACUUUCUUUCCCGUUGAAUUGUGAUCGCAGAAUGCAGCUCACUCUGAUUAAAAAUAUUAUUUGGGUGUGUGCCCUGUGUCUUUUCAUAUCACUGACUUGCGUGCAAGGACGCGUUGGUCUGGGACCCGGAGUUGAGGAGUGGGACUACGUGGAGGUCCGCGAGGGCGCCCACCUCUUCUACUGGCUCCUGUACACCACGGCAAAUGUGACUCGAUUUACGGAAAGGCCGCUGGUGAUCUGGCUACAGGGUGGACCCGGAGUGGCCUCCACGGGCAGUGGGAUCUUCGAGCAGCUGGGUCCCGUCGACAUCGAGGGCAAGGCGAGGGAAAGCAGUUGGGUGAAACAUGUGAACGUGCUUUUCGUGGACAGUCCCGUGGGCACUGGAUUCGCUUACGUGGAGGAACACGGCCGGUAUGCCAGAAACAAUCGGCAGAUUGCCCUCGAUCUUGUCCAGCUGAUGGAGCAGUUCCUCAAAAAAUAUCCGGCUUUUCGAACCGUUCCUCUGCACAUCUUCUCCGAGAGCUAUGGCGGCAAAAUGGCCCCAGAAUUCGCUUUGGAACUGCAUUUGGCCAAGAAGAGGGGCAGAUUGGACUGCCAACUGAAAUCCGUAGCGGUGGGCAAUCCCUGGACCUCUCCGCUGGACAGCGUCCUGUCGUAUGCACCAUUCCUGCUCCAGGCUGGCAUUGUGGAUGACGAUGGAUACCGCAGAAUAUCUCGAUUGGCCGGCGAGCUAGCCGGUCUCGUUUACGCAGAAAUGUGGCUGCGAGCACUGAUGAAGGCCUCCGAAGUUCAGGAGGAGAUCUCCUCCAGCGCCGGCGGCGUCUUCCUCUACAACACCCAGCGGCGUGUCCAUGUGGACGAGGUCUACCGGUACGGCGAGGAUCCGGAGAUGAGCAACUUUAUGCGCUUAAACGUCACUCGGGCACUGGGACUCGCCAAAAUGCCCGUGUGGAUGGAACAAAAUUCCACGGUCUUUGAGCGCCUCAGCCUGGAUAUUUUUAAGCCGGCCAAUCAUAUAGUUGCCAGAUUACUGGAGGAAACACCCAUCCAGGUGGGCAUUUAUUCGGGUAUUCUGGACCUACUUUGCGCCACGCCCGGCACCGUUAGUUGGAUCCGACGUCUAAAGUGGGCUCGUAGGUCGGAGUAUGCAAAGGCUCCCCGUACCGCCUUCCGGAUCGAGGGGAUGCUCGAGGGCUACGAAAAGCACGGAGGAAGACUUAGCAUGUUCUGGGUCUUUCGGGCGGGACAUCUGGUACAGCAAGAAAAUCCAGCGGCCAUGGGAUACAUUCUGAAAUACUUCACUAACUAUGGAUGAUAUACAAUCGCUCGGAAAUAAA